AUGUCUUGGUGGGUUUUUCAACUGGGUUUGAGCUACGUUGAAGGAAUGCUAAGAUCAAAAACGGGUCAAGUGGUGGCUGUUUUUUGCGCCAUUGGUGCUGUUGGGCCUAGGGAAAGAGGAAAAGCAAUAGUGAUGGGUUCAGACACGAACAGUGUGAACAUCGACUUCCUCCCUUAUUGUCUGGCAGAAACCCAAAGGGUACUUUCUUCUACUGGUGUGCAGGAAUUUCAUCUUGAUGAGCUUCUGACUCAUGAAAUUUCAUUGCAAGAUAUAGACAAGGCAUUUGAACUAUUGGAGCAACCAGAUUGUGUGAAAGUUGUUGUCAAGAAUUCAGUAAUCUUCAAACAUGUACUACAACCUCAACAAGAACAACCUUUCCAGUCAAUACUACAAAUUGAACAUUGAAAAAGUUGAGA